AUGGACGGAUAUCAGUCAUCACUCAAUUCAACUUCGACCCCGACUCAGCUCCCUCUCAACACCACAGUUCACAUCAAUGCCACAAUAAAGCCUUUCAGUGUGUUUGACGGAUGUGAACAUUACAUAGAGGCCAUUCUCUUUGACCUCACCUUUCAGACCAUCAAUGUCAUUGUGGGAAUCCCUGCAAAUCUGCUUGUCAUUGCAAUUCUGAUCCACAAUCAGAAAGAAGCCUCCACCUCAGACAUAUUCUUGGGCUGCUUGGCCUUUAUGGAUGCCUACUUUGGUGUCAUGACCCCCCUCACCUUUUUUAACCUUUACCUCUGGCACAGCAAAGAGGUGUGGUCUGCUAUUAAGUUCUCUUUUGGUGUGAAAGAUACCAGCGGCCCAUUGUUUCUCUCCUGCAUCUGCCUGGAUCGCUUUGUGGCCGUCUUAUUUCCCAUCAUGUUUGGGCAGCUGAAACACGUUAAGUACAGGGUAUUCCUCACAGUGGUGGUAUUCUGCCUCACCAUUGCCUACUCAACAGCCAAGAUGGUGGGAGGGCUCCCCAACUUUGAGAAGGUGUUCACUGGUGAGAUCCUGGCUACAUUUACCUGGAUGAUGGUGUGUAACACAAGCAUCCUGUGGGCCCUCAAGAAGUCCCGUGGUCCAAGUAAAGAUGAAAUGCACCCCAUGAAGAAGAAGGCCUUCAAAAUGGUGCUCUCUAUCCUUUGUAUCAUUGUGUUUAACUACCUGCCACUAGUGAUACUCUUUCCAUUUGAAGACCACUACUCUCCUGAUGUGUUUCGCUGUUAUGUGCAACCUGCAGGAUUUGCCUUCCUAAACAUUAGCAGUACUAUCCAGCCACUUGUCUACUUGUCUCGUCUAGACAAGCUGCCUUUUUUCCCAGAAGCUUGCAUUAAGAAGUUUUCUUCCUGUUUCAGCACAGAGAAUAAGAAAUCUGGCCCUACACAAAAUCCUACAGCUUAG